AUGUCGACGACGGCGUUCGUCGAUAGAAUCGACCCGUUCGCCAAACGGUCGCUCAAAAAGAAAACGAAAAAGUCGCAGGGCAGCUCGAGGUACAGGAACUCACAGGACGGCGAACUGCAGGCUCUUCCUCCGCUCAAAGAUGUGCCAUCGGGUGAACAAGAAGAGUUAUUCAUCAGAAAACUGAGACAAUGUUGUGUCUCGUUUGAUUUUAUGGACCCGGUGGCUGACCUAAAGGGCAAGGAGGUAAAGAGAUGCACGCUGAACGAGCUGGUCGAUUACAUCACAGGUGGCCGAGGAGUCUUGACCGAGCCGGUCUAUCCGGAGAUAAUCAAGAUGAUCUCGGACAAUCUAUUUCGGACGUUGCCGCCGAGCGAAAACCCGGAUUUCGAUCCAGAAGAGGAUGAUCCGACGCUCGAGGCUAGCUGGCCCCAUCUUCAGCUUGUCUAUGAGUUCUUUCUUCGGUUCCUCGAAAGCUCCGACUUUCAGCCGAGUAUCGGCAAGCGCGUCAUAGACCAGAAGUUCGUGCUGCAAUUGCUUGAAUUGUUCGACUCGGAGGACCCGAGGGAGCGUGACUUCCUCAAAACAGUUUUACACAGGAUCUAUGGGAAAUUUCUCGGUUUGAGAGCGUUUAUACGGAAACAAAUUAAUAAUAUAUUCCUUAGAUUUGUGUACGAGACUGAACAUUUUAACGGUGUCGGUGAGCUGCUAGAAAUUCUAGGUUCCAUUAUAAACGGGUUCGCGCUGCCCCUAAAGGCAGAGCACAAGCAAUUUCUGAUCAAGGUGCUGAUACCGUUGCAUAAGGUGAAGUGCCUCUCGUUGUAUCACGCCCAGCUUGCGUAUUGCGUCGUGCAAUUUCUCGAGAAAGAUCCUAACCUUACUGAGCCUGUUGUUAGGGGCUUGCUCAAAUACUGGCCCAAGACGUGCAGUCAAAAAGAGGUGAUGUUUCUUGGCGAAAUCGAGGAAGUCCUCGACGUUAUUGAACCGUCGCAAUUCACUCGCAUACAAGAACCACUUUUCCGUCAGAUAUCAAAAUGCGUUUCCAGUCCCCACUUUCAGGUGGCUGAAAGAGCUCUGUACUUUUGGAACAACGAGUACAUUAUGUCACUGAUGGAGGAAAAUAACCACGUCAUUAUGCCAAUUAUGUUUCCAGCACUAUAUCGUAUUUCCAAGGAGCAUUGGAACCAAACGAUUGUAGCACUAGUCUACAACGUACUCAAGACCUUCAUGGAAAUGAACUCGAAGCUGUUUGAUGAAUUGACAGCUAGUUACAAAGCCGAACGGCAAAGAGAGAAAAAACGUGAAAAAGAACGAGAUGAAUUGUGGAAACGAUUAGGUGAACUAGAAAUAAGUCAUUCAAAGAAAAUGAUAGGAUCGCACAACAGUCCUCCCGGCAAGAAGUGAUACUGCUCUAUCGCUCGUCCCUUCUCCGUAUAGUUAUACGCCGGUGUGUUUAUAAAGAUUUGAGAGUACCGGCGUAGAAAAAUUUUUCGUAUAACGUUCACAUUAUGACCUAUACGAUAUACAUACAUACAUACAUACAUUUAUAUACAUGAAUAUGCGAUUGAGCACUGUAAAUGACAAUUAUUAAUGAAAGAAGUGUAAUCUUUAAGUUAAUAAAGGAAAAAAAUAUAGACCCCUAUGUAUGCUAAGUAUUCUAUAUAAUUAUAAAAGUAUGAUUAUUAUUAUUACUAUUAUUAAUAUUUGUUUUUUCGUUGCACUAAUAACAAGAACCUUGUAAUAUAACAGCAAUAAUUUAUUUCCUCAUCCUUUACUCUUAGUUUGGCCCUUCUUUUUCUAAUUAAUAAUACGUGUAUUUAGGUGUACUUUUGUGAUACGUGUUUAUAAUAAUAAAAGAUGAAAAACAAUGAUAUGCCCACUUCUUAAGUAUAGUAAUAACGUGUGAUAUAACUUUAUCGUCUGUUAUAUUGUAGAUUAGCUCUAUGAAUAAAUGAAGUGCAUAACUUUUUUUGCUAAUGUAAAAGAGAGCCGUAAAUAAUAAAUAAAAUGGGCGCGUAACGCGCUCGAUCCCUGAUUAGACUAUGUAAUAUAUAUAUAUCUGAAGAAUCACUAAAAAUCAUAUGUAGAUAAUAUAUAAAAAUUAUAUUGUUAAAUUUUUGUUGUUUUUCGCAUUGCGUUUGUUCACAUUGUAAAACAUUUACUAUUAAUAAUAUGAAUAUACGAAACCGGUUCUUACAUCAGAAUCAAAUUAGUUUGCAUUUACUUUUAAGUAAAAAAAAUAAGUAUAUAAAAUAACAAAAAUGUAAUAUAACAUAUACAAGAAGACGUUUGACAACCUCCGAUCUCAUCAUCUUUUGCUUUUUUUAGUACCAAUCGUCCGUUAAUCGUCGCAUCAUUUGCGCCGCAUUACAAUUUGAUUCUGAAUUAAGCGAGCGACUACUAUUUAAAUCUACCAUUGUACUUCUCUUUUCGUUUCGUCGUCUGAUUUCCACCACCCCUUUACUUCACUCAGAACAUGGAAACGCGUGUAUGGGACAGAUCAAUACAUUUAUAUAUAACUUUGAAAAUAGUUUCUAUAUGAGAUAUUUAGCUAUACGACUUGUGAAUGUACGCACUCCUGUGCGUAAAUAAACGUUAUGAUUUUAACAGUAA